AUGGGUGCUAAGGUCGGCGUCUUCCCAGCCUCUGGGGCCCUUGGAUCAAGCAUCGUGAACCACCUAGCGAAACUAGUCCCAGAAUCCGACCUGGUUCUGGUUGCUCGACGUCCCGAGCAACUGCAUGACAUCAAGCAAGCUGGCGCUACCGUACGCAAGGCCGACUAUGAUGAGCCAUCCACGUUAGACACAGCCUUCAACGGUGUGGAUGUUUUGAUGCUGGUUUCAUAUGCAUCAUUCGAAAUAGAUCACAGAGUCAAGGCACACCGCUAUGCUAUAAACGCGGCCAUCAAAAGUGGCGUCAAGCACAUCUUCUACUCAUCUCUUGGAUUCGGGGGCGAUCUAACCAACCAGAGCAUUGCUCAUGUGAUGGGCGCCCACAUCGAAACAGAGAAAUACUUCUCUUCUCUGAAAGAAACGGUAUCGUACACCUCAGUCCGUGAGGGCUUGUACACUGAGUCCUUCCCCAUCUACACCGCGUUCUAUGAUCUUGAGAAUCCAGCAGAUGAGGUUACGAUCCCUCAUUCAGGCACAGGCCCAGGCGUGGCGUGGGUCAAGCGCGAUGAACUGGGCGAGGCAACCGCUAAGUUGAUUGUCUCGUACCUCAAGGAUCCGGCGAGCUUCGAGUAUUUGAACAAGGCUGUUCUGUUCUCUGGGCCUCGGGAAAUCUCUCUUGCGGAGACGGUUGAGAUUAUCGGUCGUGCGGUGGGAAAAUCGCUGAAGAUCCGGGAGAUCUCGGUCGAUGAGUAUGUGAAUCUUCCUGGGAUUGGUGAUAAGCAGACAUACCAUGGGGUUAAUCUGUCGAGGGAGUGGGCUUCAGCUUGGGAGGCCAUUAGACGGGGCGAGGCUGCAGUCGUGUCUCCAGUCCUACGUGAGAUCUUGGGGCGUGAGCCUGAGAGCUUUGAAACUACUAUCAAGGCGAUGGUUGGAUGA